UUUUAUGUAGAUUGUUCAAACCGAGUCAACUAUGAGGACAGUUUCUCGUGUCAUCGUUCUGGUUUUCUAUCUUGUGAUGGCGACAGCUUUGGCUACCAAUGCUUUGGAUUGUCGAAGAUUUGUAUUUGCUCCAAUUUGUCGUGGAAUUAGUGCAAAACGGUCGGAGAUGUCAUCUCUCGGCUAUUCUAGAAGUCCUACUGCUUCCACGUCACACGAAGUUGAUGAACUUAUCCAAUCAGGCGUUGACGCCAAGUCCUAUGAUGAUGACGAAGGUUGGGACACGGAGAUGAAUGAUUUGCUUACUCAAAAGCUAGACGAAACGAUGCCGAACAUAAAGUUGCCCGAUAUAAAGCAGCAGCGACACCUGGUAAACAAACGCAAAUUGUACGUACUUCUUGACAAACUGGGGCGGAUAUAUGCGGAUUAUAACCCAGUUCGACAAAUCUUAGCUGAUGGAAUUAAAAGAAUUUAAUGAAAUACCCCAAACAAAGAAAAAUAACGUAAAUGACAAGUCUGUAAUGUUGAUUAAAAAUAAAUGAAAUGGCACUGGA